AUGCAGAGACAUUAUAAUCACUUUAUCUGGUGUUUUUUGAGACUCAAAAAACUUUUUUCAUAACAACUAUAAUAUUGAAGAAUUUUAACGUAACCAUUGCUCCAGAAUAUCAAAUUUGAUACAAAGGCACAAGAAAUCACACUUUCUUCUUUUCUUGCUCCAGAACUUCUGAAACAUGUGUCAAUUUACAUGUGUCCACAGUGGUAAUCAGAAAGAAUUAUUGAUAAGGAAGAAAGAAGAAAGGGAAUAGCAUUUUUGCAUAUUCGAUGUAAAGUGCACAACUUAACAUCACAAAAAAAAAUAACGCCACCUCCUGGAAAAAACGAUAAGGAUUUACUUCUGCUACUGCUAUAUUAAGCCAAGUUUAACAACUCGAAUGGCGGGAGUGGUUAGGUAGUUAUUUGUCUUUCCAAGGGAAUCAAAACGACUAAUAUAUCAUUCUUAUAUCCCGCAUUGUUUGUGGAACUAGUGUAUAUUAAGGUUGUGCAGGUGUAUGCAACACCCAGAAGGACUUGAGAUAGAUCCUCUUUUUAUUAUGUCAAUCGAUUCAAAAACACUAUCUCUUUUCAAAUCAGUUUCUCCAUCAAAAUCAGUUUCUGAGCUUGUCUAACCAUUUGUCUGUGUUUCCUGCGUGAGUUCAACCUAUAGAUCGGAAUUUUUUGGAGAUAUUUUGAUGAGGUCUGGUACACUGAUGUGUUUUAUUUUUGAAUACGUCCCAUAUAACGCUUUCUUAUGAAAAGUCCUUGUCUGAGUAAGCGUGGGAUGUGGUGUAGAGUAUUUAAUGGAAGGCCGUGACCCACUAUAAAGUGUUUUUACGUGUUUUGUUUGUGUUUAAAUUGGUAUGUAGCAUACCACUAGCUAAGAUAGAAGCAUAUAGGGUGAUUACGUAAAAUAACUCUAAAGCUAAUAUUGGCAGAUCUGAAACUUUUCACUGGAGAGAUGCGAGAAUAUUUCCUAAAUAUUUUCAGAAACUGCUUCAUUUAUCAUUUUUGCUAUCCUAGCUGUCAUUCAUGGCUGAUAGGGUGGACCGUAGAAUACCAAAACUACUGCGAAUGACUUUUAAAUCAAAUUUUAAAUGUUUUUUACUGUUAUGGCAGACUUCUCAAUCUAUCUAGAGUUAGUUAGUUAAGUUUUUCUCAUUUUCGCAAUCCGUUAACGUUUGAAAGGUCUUUAGUUCGAUUAAGAAGAGGGAAUAUUAUGAUAUUAAACUAUAAAUAUCAGCGUUGCCAUGCAUCUACAAUAAACGAACCAUUGAGUGAACUCAGUUAGUGACGAAAUAUGAAGAACAUGCGAGAGUUUCUGUCGCAAGUGGUAUAAUAAAUGUAAUGCAUUUUGAGCACAGAUGCUUAGAAAGUUAAGAAGAAAAACUUCAUAAAUAAAUAUUGAUUAUAAAAUAAAGCAAAAAAUAAAUAUAAAAAAAUAAGUUUGGAAUUUUCGUAAAAAAAGUUAACCGAUUCGAUUUUUUCUACUAAUAACGCAUUGUUAUCUGUUAAUUAGCACCGCAGCCAUGACUAUUGAAAGGUUUUAAUUAACAAAAUAAUACUAAGUUGUUCAAUAUGUAAACAUGUACGAGGAGAAGUGCACGCGGGCACCUUCGUUCACUCGAAUUCAUGAACGAGGAGAAUAUAUGUUUGUGCGAUUUGUCUGUAACGUUUCUGUAUGUGAUAAGAAAUAAUUUACAAAUAUAUAUAUAUAUAUAUAAAUGAGUAUAUAACGUCGGUGUGGCGUCAGUGAUAAGAAAUUGCAAAAAAAAAAAAGAAAAAAAGAAAGAAAGAGAGAAAGAAAAACAAAAAUAAAAGUAAAAAGCAACAACAAAACACAAAAUAAAUGAAAAAGUGUUAUCGCUUAGAGUAAGUUUAGUGUAAAGUGGUUUCAAUUUUUAUUCAAAUAAUUUCAUUGAAUAGAAAAUGAACAAUUUUAUGAUACGUCGUCGUUACUGAUUGAUUAUGGACAGCGUAAUAAAUUAAGCGAAAUGUCUAAAGGAAACGAUUAUUUUCCUGAAGACAUUCAUUCGACAGACGAGUGCGAAGAGCUUCUGGAAUACGCAAAAAAUUUACAAUUAUUUCAAGUAAAGGAAAGUCCACGAACAGAUGAAAAUGAUCAAGCACAAAAAAAAAAAGAAAAAUUGUGCAAAAUGCACAGUAGUACACAACCGUCCCCAGAAUAUGAAGAGAAAUCGACAAAACAUAUACCAGAGAAUCAAAGUCAAGAGGAAAAAUUGCAAGCAAAAGUCUUAACAACAUAUGCCACUACUACAACCACUACUAUUACAACAGCAACAGCAAUAACAACAACAAAUGGACAAAGAGGCUCCAUUGAUAGCACUGCCAUAAUAAGCCAUCAACGACAUUUGGGUUCACGAGAUUCGAAUGGUGGUCCACCAAUCGAUACUCCAUACAUACAAACCACCGCCACAGCGAACUCUAAUGCGAAUAUGACAAAUCCAAGUGACGACGAUGGCAAUGAUGAUGAGACUGAUGUUAUUGGGGUUCUAAUAGGUCACUUUGGAAAAUGGCAAUUUUUGAUGACAAUGUUAUUGUCACUCUUUCAAGUGCCCAACACAUUUCACAUAUCAUCGUCCGUUUAUCAGGCGGCUAAUAAAGAGUUCUGGUGUAGGCGACCCUUGCAUCUACAACAUUUGCUAGUUGAUGUUUGGCGUAAUCUAAGCAAUUCACACGACAACUGCUUUCAAAAUCAACUCGAUUGGAACGGCAUUACCAAUGACACAAUAGAACAGCUACAACAGCAUCCACAACAGCCACCGCCUGCGCUUAAGGUAUUGUGGCAGCUGAACAAUACACGUAUUGCGUGCACUGCCUGGGAAUAUGAAAGCAAUGAUAAUGUGGGGAACAGUUGGACUUCACAGUGGGAUUUGGUGUGCGAUAAGGAAUAUUUGAAAAACGUUGCUGAAAUGUUCUUUCUUUUGGGUGUUGCAACAGGUGGCAUUAUAUCCGGUUAUCUAUCCGACAAAUUUGGUCGUAAAACUAUGCUUUUUAUAUCAGCCGUUUUGCAGACAAUAUUUGGUUUAGCCCUUUACUUUGCCUAUUCGUUUGAAAUGUAUAUAACUCUAAGGGCUUUGUUGGGCCUAGUCUCAGUAUCGGUCACAUAUUCAGGCCUAAUACUAGCCAUUGAAUAUGUGGACGGAAAAUGGCGUACCAUAGCCGGCAUGUACAAUUUAUUUCCACUGCCAAUAUCGUACAUGCUGAUAUCCGGUAUAGCUUAUUUAACACAAGAUUAUCAACGUCUCCAGUUAUGCAUUGGUAUACCGGGAAUCUUUUUAUGCUUUUUAUGGUUUGUCGUGCCAGAGUCGCCUCGUUGGCUUUUAGUGAAGGGUCGUAUAGAUGAAGUGAAACGUAUCGUGGAGGCGGCUGCUGCUUUUAAUAAACGUGAUUUGCCAACCAAUUAUGAAACGAUGCUGCAGCCACCUACGCAGGAAGUCUCUUCCCAGGACUUUAUGUGUCUCUUUCGUUCAUCGUAUUUGCGUCGCAUAACCAUUUGCUUUCUCUGCAUAUGGUUCACUAUGAAUCUGGCUUAUUACGGAUUCAUACUGAAUAUGAGCACAUUUGGCGGAAAUGUCUAUUUGAAUUCGGCUUUAGCUGGUCUAGUCGAAAUACCUGCCAUAGCCAUAGCCAUGUACAUUAUAUCGAAAGUUGGCAAAAAAUGGUUAUUUAGCGCCACUUUAGUAUGCGCCGGUAUUGCUUGUUGUUGCGCUGCAAUUACAGAAGGUCAAGAAGAUAUUUUAUGGUUGAAAAUCACUUUUAUCAUGAUUGGAAAAUUUACCAUAAGCGCUGGCAAUACCAUUAUGCCUGUUUAUACCGCCGAAUUGUAUCCCACUGCUAUACGUAAUGUCGGUGUGGGUGCGUGUAACGUAGCCGCUGGCUUGGCGUUAAUUCUAACACCGUAUCUAUCUUUAUUGAAUAAAAUUGAAGACCACUUGUUAAUGUCUUUACUGACCGCUUGGUGUUUAUUUGGCGGAUUUGUGGUACUAUUUUUACCUGAAACCAUGAAACGACAUACGAAAACCAAACCCGCCGAAGAAAAGUAAGUUAAGAAAGUAUUCUAUUAAAGUCAUAUCCCAAUUAACUUAAUUAAGCAAAAUGAAAAUUUAUUUAAAAUUUUUCAAAGAAAGAAAAUGAAAUAAAAGAGAAAUUGUUAUAAUGGCUUAGGAGGCAAUUUAUUAGGGGAUUUUGGCUGGUCCAGAAUUUUUUUUUUUUUUUUAAGAUUUUUUAAAGUAUUUUCAAGAAUUCAACGACUUUUCAAAUU